AUGUCCUUUUUAAAUCUGAACGAAGAUUAUCCAAUUGCUUCAAAUCUGACACAAGGGAAUCAAACUGCUGGUAUUGCUCAUGUAAAUGAAGUGCCACAGGCUCCAGUCUACCAUGAAUUAACACCGGUUAAACUGGAUCAGCAUCAAGACCAAUCCGAUUGCAAUGGCUUGUUGUAUCACGCAGAAGGUGAAGGCGGCGCCAAUUAUUUUCCAAAUGAUCGUGAUUCAACAAAAAUUGACAGCAUUCCAAUAUCGUCAGCAUUUCAUAACCGGUUCGACUACACCUAUGGAUUCCCGGAUUACAAUCGCAAUAGUGUCACUGCUGAUCACAAGUGGAUACCUUCGGAAUUUGAGAAGAAUCCAUAUCUGGUGAGAAACGAUAACUUAAACGUUUCCAACACUCAAUUUGGAUGGCUGAAUUGUCGGAAUGAGCUCGAUUUGUCGGCUGCGCCAGAAGCAGAUUAUAAAGAAAUUAUGAUGAUUAAUAACUCGACAAUUGAGAAAACAUCGUUCCACAAUGACGAAAAGGAAAGAGAUAAGGCUGAAAAUAUAAUGGCUUGUUGGGAUGACUAUAAUAUGAAACACGUCGACCAGAUAAUGUAUGAGGAACUGUAUGAUGAAGACGAAGAAAGAAAAAGAACCGAAGAGAAAAUUCAUUAUUGGUUCCAAAAUCAUGCUCCGAAGAAGUUGGAGAAUGAGACCUUCGAAACUUAUUUAAAUAACUUCUAUAACAACAAGUGGUUGUCGAAAAUACAUUACGAUGCGCUCGUCAAAAUACUCAGCGAGAAUCACGAAUUGAGACACCAACGGAUGACUUCGUAUGAUGCCACAUUAGAAAUGAAUGAUCUUCUUUCAAAGAAUGGAAAUGAUAUUCUUGGCGAAUUUGACGAAGAAUCACAGGAAGAGGAUCACCCGACUGAUCGUCUAUUUAGAGAAGAGCAUUUUGUAGAGGAGGGAGAAUCACAAGAUGAGACUUCUGAUCCAAUCGCGAAUUAA